CAAGGAAGUCCAGCAUCUCCUCGCAGCUUGAGGAGAGGAUGGGCGAGGUAUGGGAGAGGGUGGACAGAGAAGACGGUUUGUGGUACACACACAGAGACUGAGAGACAACUCAGAAAGAGCGAGGGACCAACAGUCAGUGGGUGUGAUUCUCGACCUUCUCACUCACUUCCUGCUGCUCAUUCAUUAGGUGGGAAUUAUUACUUAUUCCAGGUAUUUCAAGGAUGCACUGAUACAAGGGAAACGGGAGGGAGAGGCCAUCGAUCCUGCAACAUGAAAAGCUGCAACUUAAGUGUUAUUUGCUUCCUUCUCGUCGGCUCUGUGGGUAUUGUGGAAAGUAAGAAGACAGGAGAUCUGUUUUGUGGAGCUUGCAGAGCUCUCGUGGAUGAGAUCGAAUGGGAAAUCUUGCAAAUUGAUCCCAAGAAAGUCAUCCAGACGGAAUCAUUCCAUUUAAACCCGGAGGGCACUCAGGCUGUUGCUGAGACGCCCUACGCCAGGUCAGAGGUCUUCCUCAUCGAGCUGCUGGAGAGGGUGUGUGAGCACAUGGUGGAGUACGGGGAGAUCGCAGACCCCAAAACCCACCGCAACAGCUACAUCCGGGUCCGGACCCAUAACAGUAAAAAUCUGGAUCUGCCUAACACCCAGGCUGAUGCCGAACUUACCUCCAGCUUAAAGCAUGCUUGUGAGAAGAUUGCAGAGGAAUAUGAAGACGAGUUCAUAGAGUUUUUCACCCGUGAGUCCAGCAACGUGAAGGACCAGUUGUGCAGCAAGAGAACAGACCUGUGUGACCACGCUCUCUACAUACCUCACGACGAGCUGUGAUGAUUGCCGCCCACUUCAAGCUCCACAAUGGCUCCACACCAGCUAAUCUGUGACCCCGGCACAGGCAGGAGCCGAAAGAUUAUUCAACAACCCGUUCAAAACUUGUGCCAAGUCACUGUUCAAACCAUGUCCUCAAAGUCAUUCCCCUCGUUGCCCGUUUCUGGUCCGUGUGCCCAGAGAUCUGUAGGGGCUGCUUUUAGCAUUGUUGGGACGCUGACACCUCAAAGCUUUUCAUGUGACUUUUGUAAGGUACCAAAUCAACUCAGGAAGCGAUUACUAACAGCACCGACCUUUAUUUAUUGGCAAUUUGUUAGCGAGGCAAUCGAUCUCAAUAUCCACCUGCUUCGAUGUGAAAUAAAUUCUCUAUCAAAUGAUUUAUUAAUUCCUUCACUCUUUAGAUAAUAUAUAUAUCAUAUGCCCAAAGCUUCCUCUGCCAGCGGGGGAGUGGCGGGGUGUGUAUACUGCAGGAACAAUGACACAGGUGGGUGAACCUGGACCUUCAGGUCUGCACUUGUGACAACGCUGAUCGUCCCUCUUUUUAAUCUGCAGUAAAUUUUAUGCCCAAGUCUCUCUCUCUCCCCCUCCCCCUCAUAUCCUUAUAAAACUUUCCAGCCUCACCACAUGCCAUGGCCUGACCAGCCUGUCAGGGCUUGUAGUAGACACACUGUGAACCAGAAUCUGACAAACCUCCAGCACUGGAGCGAUGUGUUCCAUCCUGAUAAUCCUGCUCUUUCCAUGUUCCCAUUAAUAUUGUUCCUCUUUCAACAUUGAUUCGACUCCCCUUCAAAUACAACAACAACAAUAUAUUUGUAAAGCACCUUUCACAUCGAGAGUCACUGGGUUGGUGUGUGGGAGAGGGAGAGACUGGGCUGAUGUGUGGGAGAGAGGGAGAUGCUGAUGUUAUGGGAUCAAUUCCUUUUCCACAAACAGAUUUUCCACUGACAAAGUGCAACUUUGUGUUUGUGACCAGCGGCCUGGAUUCUGUUAAGCGCCAUCACAUCCUCAUCAAGUUAAACACAGUCACACUGUUGUGUGUUGCUCAUUGUUGGACUGUAUACAUUCUGAACAGUCACAGCUGGCUUUAGUCAAACUGUUUUUUCAAUUUUUAUUAAAAAAUAUCCAAUUGGC